CCCCUCUCUCUCUCUCCAUCACUGGGUUUAUCCCAUCAUCCCUGAUCUUUUUUCAUCCGUGCCAAUCCUCAUCUGUUCCUCACAGGAGCAGAGUAGAGAGAGAGUGGAAUAUCAAUUCUGUGUGGCAGAGGAAAACUGAAUGAAAAUCUGAAAAUCUGGUGAAAGAAGAGGUUUAAGCAUAUGACAACAAAACAAAGUGAACUGAAAAGUGAGAAACGGCUAAGAAACCCACUGGAGGACUUAUUUGCCAAAAUUACAUCUGCAUACCUGAUUUCACUACCUGUCUCCAUCGGUGACAACGCCAAACAACCGCUGCCAUGGGCGAAAUGGAGGAGCUGCGAAAGGAGGCAGAAAACCUCAAAGAUCAGAUCACUGAGGCUCGGAAGGCUGUGCAGGACACCACCUUGCAGGAAGUGGCCGCUGAGAUGUCUGUGGUUGGACGUGUCCAGCUGAAGACCAGGAAGACGCUGAGGGGUCAUCUGGCCAAGAUUUAUGCCAUGCACUGGGGCGCCGAUACCAAUUGUAGCAAGUUGUGUGUUAGUGCCUCUCAGGAUGGAAAGCUUAUCGUGUGGGACACAUUGACCACCAACAAGGUGAAUGCCAUCCCUCUGAAAUCGUCAUGGGUGAUGACGUGUGCCUACGCGCCCUCUGGAAACAUGGUGGCAUGCGGAGGCCUGGACAACAUGUGCUCCAUCUACAACCUCAAGGGCAAAGACGGCAACGUGAAAGUCAUGCGUGAGCUGGCCGCACAUACAGGUUAUCUGUCCUGCUGUCGUUUCCUUAGCGAUAGUGAGAUCAUUACUAGCUCUGGUGACUGCACCUGUGUUCUAUGGGACAUUGAGACAGGGACUCAGAAGACCAUCUUCGCGGGCCAUAUGGGAGACUGCAUGUCCCUGGCCGUGUCCCCAGACUUCAAGAUGUUCAUCUCUGGGGCCUGCGACUUCACGGCCAAACUCUGGGACAUCCGGGAGGCCACCUGUCGACAGACGUUCAGCGGCCACGAGAGUGACAUCAACGCCAUUGGGUUCUUCCCCAAUGGUGACGCGGUCAUUACGGGCUCGGAUGACGCCACCUGCAAGCUGUACGACCUGAGGGCAGACCAAGAGCUAAUCACCUACCAGGACUCGAGCAUCAUGUGCGGCGUGACCUCCCUCGCGCCGUCCCUCUCUGGCCGUCUGCUACUGGCCGGAUAUGACGACUUCAACGUCAACAUCUGGGACACGCUGAAAGGAGAGAGAGUGGGUGUGCUGGCUGGUCAUGACAACCGGGUGAGUUGCAUUGGAGUCUCCUCGGACGGAAUGGCAUGCUGCACAGGAUCCUGGGACAGCUUCCUGAAGAUAUGGAACUGAACAGGUCCCCCAGAGAAGAGACAGAAUGAAAGAAUGGGAGGAGAGUGGAUAGAGGAGAAAUAUCUUGAACACCUGCCAUGGGAUGGGGGAUUGAUGUAUGGGUGAUGGGAACUAGGAAACAUCAUAAAAGAGGGCCUUUCUUUGUGCCGAGUCCUAUUGGAUUAGAAGGAUUGUGAUGAAAGGCUAUCCUCUUCCUACUUCUCUCCUUUCCAGCUCAAUGUUGGGUGGUAAAGGUGGGAAUGUUCUAGAAAAUUACUCUGGUUAUAUCAAUUAACUAUUUUAUGUCAAGGUUCAAACUGAAUUCUAGCGUUAUAUAUUUUCCCACCUUUUUAAAGGAUUUCAUAUGACGUUAAGAGCAUCUACCAAAUGAAAGCGGUGGAUAUUUGAAUGACAAGACAUUACAUCACAAAAUGAAUGACCACAGAUCAUUGUAGGUUUACAAUAACUAGGCUGUUACAUGAUUUUAUAUUUGAGUUGAGACAAAAUGUGUCAGGAAGUGAAUUAUAUCUUUGUUUUCAAGAUGUUUGGUUUGAACUCCCUUGUUAGUUUCUUUUUUUAUGGUUACAGUAGAAUAAAUUGUUUAGCCUGCAUAUUUGUAUAUUAGUGUCUGAGCAAUAUUUAUGUACAUGUUUAAUACAAUGUUUACCAUGAA